AUGACCCCCCAGGCCUCACCAAAAGAAGCGAAAACGCCUCCGUCACAGACGUGUUCCGGCGACGCCGCCUCUCGGGCCGCUCCAGUGACGCCGCUGGAGUUGCUGUGUCCUCGCUAUCCGUUUCCUCUCCUUCGCGCUCGGCCGAGUUCAGCCUCCAGCCGUUCCAUGUGUGCACCCGCUCAGCGAAGAGAACGCGAAGUCCACCCAGAAAGCGUUCAGGACGGCCUCUCGGCUGACAGCGCGGCAGCCGCACACACACGCAUGCGCCGAGACCGCCAUGCCGACCGUCCUUCGGCAGGAGAAGGAAAGAGCGACUACGGCGAGCUGAGGCAGAGAGGCUCGGCUUCCUGCUCAGGAAGUCGCAUUCACCGCCUGCAGACUCUCCUUCGCUUGGCUGUGAUCGCGCGGUGCAUGCACGCCGCCAACGCGGCGCGAGCGGAGGCGGCAGGCGGAAAGGCGAAGAAGGGGAAAAGCGGGGCGACGGGGAAGGAGUCAGCGACGUGCCUCGCAGGCACGCUUUCUUCAGAGAGUGCGACGGGAGAGCGUGAGGAGCUCGCGUCCCCUUCGUCGCUCUCUUCGCCCUCUGGGGAGUCUGCGAAGCCCGCGGGCCCCCACAGUGCAUCGUCUCCGUCGCGCCAGAAAUCCGGAACGCACCCGUUAAGCUCUCGCCCGACUCGUGCGCGGACUCCUCUGCCUCCUGGUCGAAGCGUGACGUCUUUGGCAACGCACCAAACGCUCCGCGAGGAGAAAGAAUCCAGUCCGGGAGACUUGUCUGCCAGUCGCGAUGCGUGCACGCUCGGGGAGGAACGGCGAGGAGACAAGAGCGAGCCUGAGGCGGCGCUAGAUGCGCGGAAAAACCCAGUCCGCCGAGACCUCGAACGCAUGCCGCUUCAUCUCCUUCAUCCUAAACAUCGGCCCCUCGCUCUUCUGUUCAGAGCCUCACGCACGCCUUGGGCGGCGCUUCUCCGCCCGGUCGAUUUCCCUCAAGGAUUCCCCGGCGAAGGACGCGCUCCUCGAGCGAGCAAAGACCCCAAAGAGAAGAACAGCCAGGCAAAGGACCAGGGAGACACGGCGAGAGCAAACGGGGAAAGGGACGCAGAAGCGGAAACCGUAAGCUUUCCAGGCGUAUCGCGGAAAGCAGAGACGUGUCCACUCGGCGACGACGAAGACGAGCAGAUUGGAGGGAAAAGCGGGCACACAGCUGCGGUCUCUCUUCCCGGUUCCCAAUCUGGAAACGUGAGUAAUCUUGAUCGAGCUCUGGAAGAUGUGCUGAGCGAAGAACGCAUUUUCCCUCGCGUUUCGGAGUACCUUUGUCGCUAUUUCCAGUCGUACGCCGACCGCCGCACCCUCAUGCUAGGCCUCGCUUCCUCUUCGCCUUCGACUCCAGCUUCGUCCCCUUCUCUUUCAGUCUGUCCUGAUCCCCCGUCUCCGUCUUCGCCGCUGAAACAGCCUGUUGGAGAAAGGCCUGCAUUCGUGUCUCUCACCGCUCGGCGAAAUCUCGCCGAAAUUUUGGGUUUCCAGUCCCUUCGCUUUUCCGCCCAGAGACAGGACACUCGCGUAAGGCGAGCAGGUUCCCGAGGCACCACCGAGUUCCAGAUUCACUCCUCGCCUUGCCCUGUUUCUGACGCCUGCUCCUGCUCCAGCUGUCCGGGUUCCGCGAGCCGGUGCCCGUCGCGGUGCGCUCCGCCCCCGUCUGUGUCGCGUUCUCCUGCGUCGCGCCGCACCGGUGAUUCUUACCAGCCAGAAGACGAACGGCUCCACUUCUCCUUCGACCAGGCGGUACAGGCGGCACCUUUUCCUCGUUCUCCGCUGUCUCCGUCUGUCUCUUCUCUGCUCCAGAAGCUCAGAGGGCGUGUGGGGCGUGGGCCUGAGAGUCGAGCGUUGACGCCUCAAAGCCUCCUGGCCAUCCUGGAAAGACGUGCACGCGCAGAAGCGUGGAGACGCAUUGCUGGCGAAUAUGUGCGAGGCCGUCGAUGUGAAGAAGAGAAACAAAAGCGACAGCGGCAACGUGUUGAGGAACCGGAAAGAACGCCUGUCGCAAACGCUGCGGUCGAGGCGGGGCCUUCCGCGAAGAAACGGAAUUUUGGAUCGAUAGCGGUGCGCGCGAGACGAGAGUCGUCCACCUGGGGAAGGCCUGACCUCAGUGGUGAGGAGUCCCCUUGCUCUCUCUGCCCAUGCGCCUUCGAUCCUUCUUCCGCUGCUUCCUGCUCCGGAAGUGUCUCUUCUUCUCCGACUCCUUUUUCUCACUCUUCCGCCUCGUGCUCUGGGCCUCGUCGUCUCUGUUCUUCGUCUGGUCAUUCUCCGCCAGCGACGGAGAGACGUGCUCAGGCGACGUGCCUGAGAGAGCCGCUGGCCGUCGCGUGCGUCGUCUUGGAGCGGCUGCGGGAAGAAUACUGGGCCGAGGUCGAGAAGGCGGCGGCGGGCGGGCACGACCCUCUCCCCGCGUUCGACUCCGAACCGAAGGAACCACGCGCGGAGAGACACGCGUGGGAAGAACGCGAGCAAGCACGGGAAACCCGUCGACGCUGGCAACUGCUCGGGCUCCGCAGAGGGACAGAUCCGAGAGAAGAGGACGUGCCAUCCAGGUCGGACUCAGGGGAAGAAACGAACGCAAGCAGAGAGAGCGCUGGAGAAAAGGUGAUGCGACAAGACACGAAGCAUGCAGACAGAAUCGACAGGGAAUGCGCCGGGAAGCCCCAAGCAGCGAUUGACACGAGGAAAACACCUGCCAAAGAGGUGCCGGAAGCUGAAGGGGCGGCUCUCGCGAAACGGAAUUCCGAUGCAGCGAAAACCGAUGUGGACUCUGGCUUUGUUGUGGAACGCUCAGAAGAAAGUCGAGCGAGAACUCAGAGAGACAGCGCACGAGACAAGAAUGUCUGCCUCGACGCCCAAGUCGAUUUUCUCCUCCAGAUGUAUCUGCACACAGACCAGAUCCUUCGGCAGAAUGAGUAG